AUGGGGGGCAAUCGGAAAACCUCCUCUACGAAGGGCGGAAAGUACAUGAACCCCACUGACCAGGCGCGGAAAGAGGAGCGAAAGAAGCAACUCAAAAAGCACAAAAAACAGCGAGAAGCAGUGCGCGAGGCAGUCAUCAAAAGCAAGAAUCCAAACUCAGUCCUCGAUGAGCUAUCCAAACUUGACGAUCUCGAAUUCGACGCUGAAAAUGAAUGUCCUUACGCCGACAGAGUCAUGCAAGAAAAACGGCAACGAAUGAAAGCUACUUAUUUCAAGAUUCUAGAGUACUACAAAACUGCCGGAAAAAUGGACACUUGGAAAGAGUACCAAGAUGACUACAAUCAAUAUGAGCGAGAAAGAGAAAGAAAACAAAGCUUGUACCAAGCUGUAUUGAAAGCAAAGAACUGGUCCGUUGACCAAAUUCCACUUCCAGAUGCCCCUCUUCCGGACUCGGGCAUCGCUGGGAUCCCCUUGCCAAUGGGUCUUCCCCCACGAAUGGGAGCAUCAUCAUCCUCUCGCGCGUCCUCUGGGCCACCUGGCCCUCCUCCCGGGCCUCCACCAGAAAAGAAGAGAUAUAAACGGCCAUCGCAGAAAGACAGCACGAUUCAAAACACUCUUCUGGCUCUGGCCGGACAAGAAGCUCGAGAGCGCGAAGAAGAAAAUCCUCCUCCUCCACCUCCUGGAAUUCCUCCGCUCGAUAAUCGAACGAGGAAUCCUUAUGCUGUUCAAUUCCACCCUCGGCCUGUUGAUCCUGCCGCGGCUAUGCAAGCGCAUGCUAUGCCAAUAUCUGCUGGAAUUCCUCAAUUUGCAGCACAAGCAGCGUUCAUGCGUCCAGCUGUUCCCGCAACGGGCUUAAUGGCACCAGACAUUUCAUCUGCUCCAACGUCCUACAACGCACCAAAAGGAGCCACAGAGAGCGCUCAAAAGUUGUCAGCCACCCAUCAAAAAACGCUCUCGGCCGCACCAGUUAUUAACCGUCCAAAAACUCAAAAUACCAUGUUCAUGCCGAGCUCAUUGAGGGGAAACAAAAGAAGCAAUGCUGCACUUACGCCGAGGGCUCUGUCGACGCGUCCUGCUCCACCCGUCGCUAAGCCAGCUCCGCCAAAGAAUCAAGAUAAAGCAUAUGAAAAUUUUAUGGCAGAAAUGGCUGGUCUCUUGUAA